AUGUUUAACGACUUUCCAGAACAGCAAGCUAUCUGCGCAUUCUUCCUCGAUUUCGUACUUCUACCACGAAACACCGAUGCUUCUCGAGGACACCUGGAACACCUACUUCCCCUAUACCAGCGAUCCGCUCAUGAUUCCCCACUCGCUCUGGCAACCUCUUCCAUUGCCCUGGCAAUAUCCGGAAACCCACAUACUCGAGAUUCCGACCAACAACUGGCACGAACCAUAUUCGGACGUGCUCUUCGUAAAGCCAGCGCCGCUAUACGAGACCCUGUGGAAUCCCUUCGAGACGAAACCCUUCUGGCCGUAUUGCUACUAGGACUGUUCGAGCGCCUCUCCGCUGCCACUGGAUCCAAUACGGGCGAGUCAUCUACCGACAUGACAUCCACCCACAAUGCAGGCGCCGCAGCUCUCGUCAAGCAUCGUGGGCGCGAAAAUUGCACCUCUUCUUUAGCCAUCGGUCUCCUCUUCGCAGUGCGUUCCCAACUAGUCGAGCACGCGAUUGAAGAGGGUAUGGCAUUCAAAAGAUGUCCAGACAAGAUGUCGGCGAUCUUCAGGAACCUCCCUCAAAAUUCAGCGGCACGUCUUACCUCAGUGACAAUCAACAUUGCCGAUUUACGAUCUUGUGCGCAAUCUGCCCUCAUUCUCCCCCACUCUCAAGCCGCGGAGCAAGAAGUCAACGACUUGAUCGAAUACGCCAUCAGUAUCGACCUUCUGGUUGCUGCGUGGGCGGAAAGUCUGCCCGACUCCUGGCGCUGGCAGCGAGCUACAGGUUUCGACAUGCCCAUGCAACAAACGCCCAGCCUCAAUGUCGACAAUACAGCCUAUCAAUAUCUCGAUAAAAGCGACGUCUACACCGACUUGUGGGUGCUAAGUGUGUGGAACCAGUACCGCUCAGCCCGCAUUCGCAUCCAAUCCAUCAUCCUCUCCUGCAUUCAUUAUCUCGGUGCGGCACACGAAGCGCAAUGGUAUUGGCGCUCAAUCUAUGCCAAGAUGAUUGCGCAGGAGAUGGCGGAUGAGCUCUGCGCGUCCGUUCCGUUCGCCUUGGGCACCAAAGUAUCCGGUGGGCCGGGAGAGCGAGACGCGGUCGAGUUCCCAUAUGUGCUUCAAGGUGCCGCAGGAAAGGGGAAAGUUGGACCAGAGCACACGAGAGCUGCUUGUGCGAUUGGUGGGUGGCAUCUGCUUGGGCCGCUGAGGACGGUAGCAUUGUGCGAGGGAGAAGCUAGAAUGGAGGGAGUGCUGAGAGAAGGACAGGGAAAAUGGUGUGAGGAGCAAUUGGAGAGGGUGGGGAGGGUCUACGGUAUGACCAAGGCGGAUGGGAAGGGAGAAGUCAAGGGGGAGAAAAUGGUAGAAAAUCCUCUCUACGGUGAACAAUUCUUUUGA